AUGGUCAUCACCAGAAACUUGGUGCUGAAAGCAGAUCGCAAGAAUGCACCAUAUGCAUCCCUUCUAGCACUUGCUGCUUCUGGAUUCUCGCUCGAGGAGUCGGUUCAGUUUGUUGAUGGGCAGAAGCUCGUUCUCAACUUGGACGGAGAAGUUCUAUCAAACGAUGUUGAAAUCGCCAGAAUAAUUUCUCAAAGUACCGCAGCUGCAGAUCGUCUUCUUGGAACAUCUGUUACUGAUUUCGUGGUGGUUGAUAAUAUCACCAAUAUCGUUGCUGAAGCUGUCAACAAAAAUGACUUUUCUGAACUCAUGAAAAAAGAUUUUCCAACCAGCAUUUUCGAUAACUUGCUGACUGUGGCCGAUUUUGCUAUCUUCUCAGUAGCUCAUAAUAAUUCACAACUGAAAACUAAAUUUACCGGAAUUGUUGACAGAAUUCUUAAAGACUCAUCUCUUUCCUCUGCUCACAAUUUGGUUGGACUCUACAAAGUUGCAGCUGCACCUUCAAAGAACGUAGCUUCGGUAGGAAAAGAAAAGAAGAAGGAUGAAGGAAAGUUUGUCGAGCUUCCUGGAGCGGAAAAAGGAAAAGUUGUUGUUCGAUUCCCGCCAGAGGCCAGUGGAUACCUUCAUAUUGGGCAUGCUAAAGCUGCUCUUCUCAAUCAAUACUAUCAGCAAGAGUUUGAAGGUCAACUCAUCAUGCGGUUUGACGACACGAAUCCAGCCAAGGAGAACGCUCAUUUUGAGCAUGUUAUCAAGGAGGAUCUUGCAAUGCUCAACAUUGUCCCAGAUCGUUGGACUCAUUCUUCUGAUCACUUCGAAAUGCUCCUUACAAUGUGUGAGAAGUUGCUCAAAGAAGGAAAAGCUUUUGUUGAUGACACUGACACUGAAACAAUGAGAAAAGAGCGAGAGGAUAGACAAGAGAGUCGCAAUCGCUCGAAUACACCGGAGAAGAAUCUUCAAUUGUGGGAAGAAAUGAAGAAGGGAACAGAGAGAGGAUUGACUUGUUGCGUUCGUAUCAAAAUCGACAUGAAGUCAAAUAAUGGUGCCAUGAGAGAUCCAACAAUUUACCGUUGCAAGCCAGAAGAGCACGUGAGGACCGGACUCAAGUACAAGGUGUAUCCAACUUACGAUUUCACGUGUCCAAUUGUUGAUAGUGUUGAAGGAGUAACUCAUGCUUUGAGAACCACUGAAUAUCAUGAUCGUGAUGAUCAGUACUACUUCAUCUGUGAUCAACUCGGUCUUCGUCGUCCUUAUAUUUGGGAAUAUGCUCGCCUCAAUAUGACUAAUACUGUGAUGAGCAAACGGAAGCUAACAUGGUUUGUCGAUGAGGGACAUGUUGAGGGAUGGGAUGAUCCAAGACUUCCAACUGUUCGUGGUGUGAUGAGAAGAGGAUUGACUGUAGACGGACUCAAACAAUUUAUUGUUGCUCAAGGAGGAUCGAGAUCAGUUGUAAUGAUGGAGUGGGAUAAGAUUUGGGCUUUCAACAAGAAAGUUAUCGAUCCAGUUGCACCAAGAUAUACUGCCCUCGAAACAACUACUCCGCUCGUUCUCGUUGAAUUAACCGAUUCCAUUGAGGAUGACAUUUCAUCCGUGUCCCUUCAUCCAAAGAACGCUGAAAUCGGAAACAAAGAUGUUCACAAAGGCAAGAAACUGUUCUUGGAACAAGUUGAUGCAUCAGCACUCAAAGAAGGAGAGAUAGUUACAUUCGUUAACUGGGGUAACAUCAAAUUAGGAAAGAUUGAGAAAAAAGGGAAUGUAAUCACAAAAAUCACUGCUACCUUGCAAUUGGAGAAUACUGAUUACAAAAAGACAACUAAAGUGACGUGGUUGGGAGACGUGAAAGCGGAAUCGGGAAAUACAAUCCCUGUUGUGACUGCUGAGUAUGAUCAUAUCAUCAGUAAAGCUAUUAUUGGCAAAGAUGAGGAUUGGAAACAGUUUAUCAACUUUGAUUCUGUGCAUUACAAGAAAAUGGUCGGAGAGCCUGCAAUCCAGAAUGUGAAAAAGGGAGACAUCAUUCAACUUCAACGUAAAGGGUUCUACAUUGUCGAUCAACCAUACAAUAAAAAGAGUGAAAUCAGCGGUGUUGAGACUCCUCUUCUUCUUAUUGCUAUUCCUGAUGGUCACACUGGAAAAGAAGCAGAAAAGACUCCAAAAGUUCCAACUGCUACAUCUGCCACAGCAGCAUCAUCUGGAGGAUCUGAAGCUCUUCAACUCUACUCUUCGAUAGAAGAGCAGGGUAAUCUUGUGAGAGAUCUCAAAGCCAAAGAUGCGAAAUCACAAGACACUAAAAAUGCUAUCGCAAAACUUCUCGAUUUGAAAAAGAAGUUCAAAGACGUGACUGGUAGUGACUUCAAACCUGGACAACCGCCGGCGGCCGCAUCGGCUCCUUCUAUUUCUGAAUCUACUUCUGGAGUAUCCGAAGCUCUCCAAAUUUACACGUCAAUUGAAGAGCAGGGUAAUCUUGUGAGAGACCUGAAAGCAAAGGAUGCAAAAUCGCAAGACACCAAAAAUGCUAUCGCAAAGCUUCUCGAACUGAAAAAGAAGUUCAAAGACGUGACCGGAAGUGACUUCAAACCGGGGCAACCUCCUGCUGCCGCACCUGCUGUUUCUGGAUCCAAUAACGCUCUAAACAUCUAUAAUCAAAUCGAAGCACAGGGAAAUACUGUAAGAGAUUUGAAGACGAAGGAUGCUAAGUCUCAAGCAACGAAAGAUGCUAUUGCUAAACUUCUCGAAUUGAAAAAACGAUACAAAGACGCAACAGGUGCAGAUUAUAAGCCUGGAUCUGCUCCAUCUUCAGCAUCAGCAGGUGCACCAAAACCAGCAGUCGAUGGAGCGAAAAUUGCUCAGCAAAUUGAAGAGCAAGGAAAUCUUGUCCGAGAGUUGAAAACCAAAGAUGCCAAAUCUCAGGAAACGAAAGACGCUAUUGCAAAGCUUCUCGAGUUUAAGAAGCAGUACAAAGAGGUUACUGGGGCAGAUUAUAAACCUGGAACUGUUCCAGCACCAACACCAGCCUCCGUAGAAGCAGCGGUUCCAAUACCUGUGGCUGACAGAACCACUGUUGCUAAAAACAUUGAGGAACAGGGAAAUCUUGUCAGAGAGCUCAAAACGAAGGAUGCCAAAUCUCAGGCAACGAAAGACGCAAUUUCAAAACUUCUGGAGUUGAAGAAGCAAUACAAAGAUCUUACUGGUUCAGACUACAAACCAGGAGGUGCACCAGCUACCCCUGCUCAAGCGCCUGCAGCUUCUCCACCGUCAGCAGCGUUUGAUGAAACUGCUCUAUUGAAAGAAAUUGAUGAGCAAGCAGUAAUUGUCCGUGAGGCGAAGGCCAAAGAUCCUAAGUCGCAAGAAUCUGCCGACGCAAUCAACAAAUUGUUGUCUUUGAAGGCAAACUUCAAGAAAGUCACUGGCAAAGAUGUUCCAGCUCCAGCCAACGCUCAGAACAAGAAGGGAAAGAAGAAGUGA